UGUUUGAAGUCUACAAUGGUGGCGGGCAAUGAAAGCUGCUUCUACCCAGCUUCCUUCAUCCUGUUGGGUAUCCCCGGUCUGGAACACCUCCAUGUCUGGAUCUCUAUUCCUUUCUUCUCAAUGUUCCUCUUUGCCUUUAUCGGGAACUAUACCGUCCUGCUCAUCAUCUUCAGGGAUGUCAGUCUCCACCAGCCCAUGUACAUCUAUUUCACCAUUCUUGCUUUCAUUGACAUAACAUUGGCCAACUCGGCAGUGCCCAAGCUUCUCAGCAUCUUCUGGUUCCAGCAGAAUGACAUUGGCUUCCAUAUGUGUUUUCUGCAGAUGUUCUUUGUGCAUGCGUUCUCUACUUUCGAGUCAGGAAUCUUUCUAGCCAUGGCUUAUGACCGAUAUGUAGCCAUAUGCAACCCUCUACGGUAUUCUGUAACAGUGACCCCGCAUUUUAUUAUUAUAAGUGGAGUAUUGGCGGUGCUGCGUGGGGUGGUCUACAUCCUUCCAAUGCCUCUUCUAGGAGCGAGAUUCCACCUGUACAGCAGCAAUGUUAUUUUCCACUCGUACUGUGAACACAUGGCAGUGGUGAGGUUGGCUUGUGCUGAUGUUUCUUUCGACGACCAUCUUGGCAUGGCCAUUGGCUUCCUUGUCUUGAUUAUGGAUUCGGUGUUCAUUGCUUUCUCUUAUGUGAUGAUCCUUCAAGCUCUUCUGAAGCUGAGUGUUAAGGCUCGAGUGAAAUCCUUUGGAACAUGCAUCUCUCAUGUCUGUGCUAUCCUGUCAUUUUAUACUCCGAUCCUUUGCUCGUCCUUAGUGCACAGAUUUGGGAAGAACGUCCCUCACCAUACGCACAUCCUGCUGGCCAACUCGUACCUUCUCAUCCCUCCCAUGCUGAACCCUUUGGUGUACGGUAUAAGAACCAGGCAAAUUCGAGAGAGGGUGACAAAAUGUUUCCUGGAACAGUCUCUCUCUUGAGAAGACUCUUUGUAUUUUUUCUCACUCAACCCAAAACUGAAGAAAAAAUGGUAUUGGUACUGAGAAUAUUCAUCCUGUGUUAUUGCUAUUCCUGCACCACUAGAUGUGUUUCUGUUUUACUGAUUUAGCCAAUAAAAUCAUUUUAUGAUGUUGCAAUCUGUGUUGUCUUUUAAUUCUCCAUAUUUUUUGGGGGGGCACA